UCUGCUCACGUGGCAUGGGUUGCCAAGCAACGCGGUGUCAACCUCCUUUCAUCACACUACACUGUUUCUUUUCUGGACGGCUGUCGUGUUAAUCAAGCAUUUUGGAUUUGUCCUUUAGCUUGUAGAGUAGGUAAGUCCUCGUGAAUAUUUGAGAUAGUGAUCCGCGUGGUUUGUCUGUUGAAGCGUAUUUUGUGAACAGGUCUAACGUUACUGAGCUAUAAGCUGUCAGCUUAGCUCUGUCGUUUAGCCAGCAUAUGACUGCAGCUUUUAGGGUUGAUUGCAUUGAGCAGAACGACGAUCCGUGAUCCGUGAUUAUUUACCUCUCUAGGUCACAGAAUGGGAAAGAAAGGGAAGAAGGAGAUGGAAACUCCAUGCAAGGAAACGUUUGAGCCACUAACCUUUGAGGGAAAAACUCCAGCAACAAUAGUGCUGCUGCUGAGCUCCCCAGAGGAGGACAUCCUAGUCAAAGCCUGUGAAGCGAUCCACAUAUUUGCAGAAAAAGGAGAUGAGAACAAGGUUUGCCUGCUGGGACUGGGGGCAUUGGAGCCUCUCUGUCAGCUCAUCACUCACGUCAACAAGCUGAUCAGACGCAACGCCUUCAUGGCCCUGGGCAUCAUGGCCAACAACGGUGAUGUAAGGAUUGCUCUGAAUAAAAUAGAUGUCAUUCCAUCAAUCAUUGACAAACUGUCCCUUGAAGAUGUAGUUGUCCAUGAGUUUGCAACACUGUGCCUGGCCUCUCUGUCAGUGGAUUUCGUCUGUAAGGCCCAGAUCUUUGACAACAAGGGCCUGCCACCUCUAAUCCAGCUCUUAUCCAGUCCAGACCCUGAUGUCAGCAAGAACUCACUAGAGAUCAUCUUUAACCUGGUUCAGGACCACCAAAGUCGUCUGGCAGUGCGUGAGUUGGGAGGGAUCCCUCCACUUCUGGAUCUGUUGAAGUCGGACUUCCCUGUCAUUCAGCAGUUGGCUUUAAAGACACUGCAGUAUGUCACCACUGAUAAAGAUGCAUGCAACACCUUAAGGGAAGAGCAAGGAUUUGAGAAGCUCAUGGAUAUCCUCAGCAACAUGGAAUUCAGAGACCUUCACGCUGUGGCCUUACGGGUAGUUGCUAACUGUAUGAGUGACAGUGAGAGUUUACAGCUGAUCCAGAAUGGUGGAGGAUUAACAAGGCUGAUGGAGUUUGUUCUCACCCCCAAUAUCCCUGAAAUCCAGUCCAACGCUGUGAAAUGCAUCGCCAGGGUUGCUCAGAGCUCUGAGAAUCGCGAACUGCUCAAUGAGCAGAAUGUGGAGAAGGUGCUUGUAGAACUUCUGUCUGUAGCGGACAUCAGCGUGAAAACAGCUGCCUGCCAGGCUGUGUCCGCCAUGAGCUUCCACCUAGCCAGCAAAGACAGCUUCAGAGACCUGGGUGGGAUCCCUGCAGUUGUACGGUUGCUGAGCAAUGACAGUUUGGUGCUUAGAGAGGCAGCAACCCAGGCCCUCUCUAACCUCACACAUAGCAACCAGCUCAACGCAUUUGCAGUGUACGAGGCAGAAGGCCAUGAGAUCCUUGUCCAGCAGCUGUAUGGAAGCUGUCCCAGGACUGUGGCCAAUUCUGCUGCCACACUUGGCAACAUGGCGGGACAGGAAGUCAUCCGCUGCAGUGUCUUGUCACAUGGAGCCAUACAAGCUCUGGUGGAGCCCUUGAAGUCCACAGAUACACAGGUCCUGGUCAACUCCACGCUGUGCCUGGCAGUAUUGGCCUGCGAUACGGAAGCUAGGGCAGAGCUACUAAGCGCAAGAGGCCUUCACCCACUGGUCAAUUUGCUGCAAACCUAUGAUAAGGAGGUGUUGCACAAUGCAUGCUGGGCUGUCAAUGUCUGUGCCAGUGAUGUGCCCACUGCUGUGGAGAUGUGCAAAUUUGGUGCCUUGGAAAUGCUUCAGCAAAUCAACCAAUCAGUGACUCGAAGAAGCAGUUUCAGCAAGUUGGCCAUGAUCAGCCUGCUUAACUUCAAUUUGUCUGUCAAAUACAGCCUGACAGGUCAUUUGGCCUCCACUGACGUUAUUAGUGAGGGCUUCUACGAUGCCGGGAAGGUUCCUGCAGGUCAGAGGAUUCUGACUUUAAAGGAACUGUCCGAGCAGCCUGUCAACAAGCAACGGCCCAUCAUUGUUGUCAAUACUGCAACAGAGAAGAAGAAAGAAGAUGACAAACAGAAAGAUGAGACCCAGCCUGAGCCUCCUACAGAGAAACCAUGGAAGAUGAUGGAUGACGUCUCUUUGCAGAUUCUACUUAAAAAGGCCAAAGAAUUCAUUAUCCCCCUAAGUGAUGAACGAGAGCAGUGUGCUGCCUUGGCCAGGUUGGUGAGUGAAGCCAUGGGCGGAGCUGUGGAGAUGGAAAAGAUGCACGAAUUCCCAUGGGUGCUGCACCUGGCCGAGCUCAAGAUUCAGCUUCAGUCUAAUGUUGUUCCCAUCGGUUUGAUCAGCAGGGGAAUCUACUGCCAUAGGGCACUUCUCUUCAAGUGUCUGGCUGAUUGCAUCAGGAUGAGCUGCACACUUGUCAGGGGCGAGUACAACCGGGCUUGGAACGAGGUGGUACUCUUCAAUGGGAAUCCCUCCAGUAAUGAGCGCUCUUCAAAGCCCUGCCGCUACAUAGUAGACCUCAUGCACCAGCCUGGGAGCCUGCUGACAGCCAGUACCCUUGCUGCUGUGCAUUACCAGACUAUAUAGAUUUUGGACUUCAGGAAGAUUAUCUGGUGCCAUUGGCAUCGGCUAAUGGGGAUCAUUUUAAAUAAAUAAAUAUAGACCAACACUGUAGUGUAGAAAAACUGUAGUACAUAAUGCUGUGACCAGACAUUUUACUGAGAUGCAUUAUAGAUAUUGAUUUGUAUAGGUAUUUGAUGUAUGGGAGACCAUUCAUAGAGAAUCAUUCAAAUUGUCUGUGGAUCACUUUAGUGCAUACACAAGCCAAAAGGAAAAAUACUGUUUGUCUUCCUCUCAAUUAAACACACUGCUUUGACCUGGUUCUUUGCCACAGAGGGUUUACAAUGUUGUAACUGCAGAGAAAAGGUGGGGUCAGACAGUGACACAGUGCUGCACCAGUUAAACUCUGUGACUCAACUGAGGUCAGAUGAUUGUAAGGAAAAUAUAUUUUUGCCUGCUUGGAUAA